UUGCUCAGCCAUUUUUUCUUCCCCCGACUAUAGUAAGACAAAAUAUUAAAAAAAAAAGAAAGAAAGAAAGAAAAAAAAACCUAACAUCCUUUUGCUCGUUUUGAUGCUCGUGAACAGUAAUUUUGAGAAGCAAGAAAAAGAAGGAAAAAAAAAAAAAGUUUUCCCCCCAAGGACUGAGACCAUUCCACAAACUGAAGUGCUGCCAGCAGCAUAUGCUUUUUGCAAGAAUAAUUGAAACCAUUAACCGGAGAGCACAGAAUUCUUUUGAAAGUCUGCCAGUUAUUUUCAAGUAACUUCGGCAGUGGCACAAAAUAUAACACUUAUAUUUUAACUUCUACAAUUGCACUUUUAGGAGCUGGCCUCUAAUUUGAUUUUCAGUUACUCUGAUAAGAUUUCUAUUUUAUGAUUGGCUUUAUGUUUGAUUCUUGUUUAAACAAACACGAUUUGACUUAAAUGAAAACCUAAGUGCUGAUGAAUAGGAGUUCUACCAAAGCAACAAGUUAGUUAUUUCUUCACGUUUCACUUGAAUUCACUUUUUUACCCUUUUUUUUUAAAUAAAGAAAAGAAGAUCAGCAGUAAAUAUUGCCCUGAAGAAGGGUGCGAUUGCUUGCAUUUUAAUUUUUGUUUUUAAUAUGGCUGUGAACGUUUCCCUGGUUCGUGAUACAAAAUGGCUGACGUUAGAAGUGUGUCGAGAGUUUCAGAGAGGAACUUGUUCUCGGUCUGAUGCAGAGUGCAAGUUCGCCCAUCCGUCACGGAGUUGCCAUGUGGAAAAUGGUCGAGUUAUUGCCUGCUUUGACUCCCUAAAGGGCCGGUGUACCCGAGAGAACUGCAAAUAUCUCCACCCUCCCCCGCACUUAAAAACACAACUUGAAAUAAAUGGACGCAACAACCUGAUCCAGCAAAAGACGGCCGCAGCCAUGUUUGCUCAGCAGAUGCAGUUCAUGCUACCAGGCACGCAGCUACAGCCAAUCACAACAUUUCCUGUGACUCCAUCGCUUGCAACAAGCCCCACAAUGGCUUUUAGUCCCUACCUGAGUCACGUUUCUCCUGGGAUGGGCUUGGUUCCUGCGGAGCUUUUACCAAAUACUCCUGUCCUGGUUUCUGGAAAUCCAACUGUUACGGUACCAGGAAGCUCUGCUGGGCAGAAACUGAUGCGUACAGAUAAACUGGAGGUUUGUCGAGAGUUUCAGCGUGGAAAUUGCACACGUGGUGAGAACGACUGCCGCUAUGCUCACCCUAUAGAUAUUGCGAUGAUAGACACAAAUGAAAAUACUGUUACAGUCUGCAUGGAUUACAUCAAAGGUCGAUGCUCUAGGGAGAAAUGCAAGUACUUUCAUCCCCCUGCACACCUGCAAGCCAAAAUCAAGGCAGCUCAACAUCAGGUGAACCAGACAGCUGCAGCUGCAAUGGCCCUGCCGCCUGGUGCACUUCAACCUUUACCAAAGAGGCCAGCACUUGAAAAAAACAAUGGUGCCACCACAGUCUUUAACCCAAGCGUUUUCCACUACCAACAGGCUCUAGCCAACAUGCAGUUGCAACAGCCUACGUUCAUCCCCACAGGGUCAGUUCUGUGCAUGACACCCACUGCAAGCGUUGUGCCCAUGAUGCACGGUGCUACGCCCACCACUGUGUCUGCAGCAACAACUCCUGCCACCAGCGUCCCCUUCGCUGCAACAGCUACCGCCAAUCAGAUAUCCCAGUUAUCAGUAGAUGAACUGAGUAGCAGCAUGUUUGUUUCACAGAUGUAGAAGUUCCCGAUAGAACACAGACCAUGUUGAAAUUCUGAACCAUAAAAUUAUGGAGCACCAGGACUUCUUGGUGGGAAGCUGCGCAUGGCCUUUCUGUAUAUAUCCCCUCUUCCCUUCUAUCGUUCUUUACCACCUCUACAGUAAGCCUGUUGCAGCCUACAUGUUAACCAAAAACUGAUCAAUGGGAAUGUCAAAAAAGAAAAAAAAAGAAAAAAAAAGAAAAAAAAAGGCACUAUAGAAACAAUUAACAAACAGCGCUCUGUUAUAUGAGAUAUACAAGUAGAAAAUUAUAAUAGACUUUUAUAACACAUUACUUUAACACACUUAAUCAUUUUAUGACUACCAUCUUGAUAAGUGCAUCUGCACAGCGGACUGUUGGUUUACUGUAUACUAUCGAUGGAUAAAUGUUUGUCUUGUUUUUAAAGUGUUAUCUUACUGUUUUGUUUACAUCAUAGUCUAUUGAUUUGUUUUAAAGUGUACAUCAUUAUCAAGUAUACUCAAUACCAUUUUUUCAUUAUUGUUAUGUCUUAAGUUUUCAUAUACUGUAGGUUUUAUGGAGUUUUGUUUGUUUUUUACUAAAAAUGUUAUCGUGGGAAACAGGAAUUAUGUGCUUGAAAAACACGACGCAGGAAUGUUCUGCCCUUUUCUGGAUGUUGCUGUUCAUGUCAGCUGAAGUUGUUUGUGUUAAAGGCUCCUUUUAUCAUUUAAAAUUUGCCUUCAGAUACUCUCCAAAUUUUUAGUACCAAUGAUGUGCGAGGCCAGCUGUGAUUUCAAUCCAUUUCAGAGUAUUUCUUUAAAUACAGUGAGCUGAUUCUGGAAACUGAAGGAAAAAAAAAAAAGAGAAAGAUAAAAACCCACUCUCAGUUAAGGGGAUAGGAAAGAUUUGCUCAGAAUUUCUGCAGUUCUAUUGUAUGUUGAAGUGCAUUCUCAGCUGUAAACGGCGCACAAUCUUUCUUGAUGUUCUCGUGGUGCAGUGGAAAGUAAUAGGUGGAUGAAUGAGAUGUUUUCCUUUGGGCGUUUGCAUCGGAGAGGAACAAAUGCCAACUGUUAGCUACAAAACACGUGGCUGGAUUAGGCCCAUCAUCGUGGCUUGGCCCAAGCUGGGUAAUACUGUGCCCAUGAGCAUCUCUUCUCUGAGCCUGCUGAAACAUCUCAGCCUGAAAUCUGGUGACCCUUCCUGAAAUUCUGUCAGCGUGCACCAGUUCUUCAAUCACCACUGACCAUGACUUGGUGAUUUUUCCCCUAAUUUCUGGCCCUAUAAAGCAAACACAGCAUAGUAAACCAGGAAAAAUUCUACCGUACAUAAACAUCCAUUUUUAUGAUGUUCCCAGAGGUUGGUGGAUGUGGUUUGGCACCUUCUACUCGAUGAAGGACCAAUGUUUGUCACACAACAAGGGCUAGUUCUCAAUACCUCCUUGUCAUGCGCAUGAAUAAAGCAGCUCCUUGCCCACGCACCCUGGGCAGCACUGCCUGGUGUUGUGCUGCCUUGCUGAACAAUCUGGCUACACAGAAUGAGUUUUAAUUUGAGAAUGCAGCUAAAUUCGUCCCUGUCAUAGCUCUGUACUGUCACUGGCAUCAUGGAAGAGAUGGAUUUGCUCCCUCGACUUCAUAAAAGUAUGAAGUGCUAGGAGAAAGAGAAUCAUGUUUAAAGCCAGGUGAUGGGCGAGUUGUUAGUGUCCUGCUGCCCUGAGCUUACAGUGAUUUUGUGAGGUGCCAAGAAGAUUCCAUUUUUUUUUUCCUUAAUCUUGGUUAGAGAAUGUCCUUCUGUGGGUGCAGAUGUAAUGAUAGACGUGCAUCUACAUGGACCACAAGGGACAAAGGGGCAGGCUGGGCACAGCAGGUAGAGCCCAGGACAGGCUGCAACCACCUGUGUGUGGAGAUGUAUUCGUAGCGAGCACCUUUGAAGAGUCCAGCUCAGAAAAGCCUCAAGCCAGAAGGAAUCUUUCCAUUCAUUUCAGCAGGCUUUGAACCUAACCCUACAAGAGGGGAGAAACCCAUGCAACCCCAACCCUCAGCCAUGCACCUCGUGUUUUGGCAGUCCCUCGUGUCCAUGGAUGCUUCCCAGCCAUCAGCAUUCAAAAGCAGACAGUGUUGCCUGCAAUUAGUGGCUGUCAUUUAUAUUGGCUACCACCUACCUGUUCUUUUAACCACUGAGUUUCUGUUUCCCAAAACCAUAACAUUGUUAGUGGAAAAAGUGGAUUUGAGUACUUCCUGUUUGAAAUUAUUUGUGUAUCAAAAUGGGUUUUGCACAACCUGUGCCAGUGCCUCAACAAAGAACAGAGCUGAUCUUCUUAAGCCAGAAAGGAUGCAUUCAAGCUUGUAUGGCUUUAUGAGUUAAAGGAGGUUGGAACUUUUUCAGUGCUAAAUGGAUUUUUGUAUAUCUUGACACUUUGAUGUAACCUCCUAUUUUAUUUAUCUACUUAAACAUCUGGCAUAGAUGUGCAUAGAAUGUAAACCUAGAAUACAGCUGUUUUCACGUCACAUUUAAAGCACUGAAAAAAAAACGUUUAAGGAUUAUUUUUUAUUAAAGAGGUCCAAUGAGGGAUGUUCAGGGUAGUUAUAUUAGGUGCCACAACAGUUUUUAUAUUGCUGGCAAAUUUAGCGUUAAUUUGUAAAUGAGUUUAAGGAAAGAAAAGCUUGAAGCACUAAACUUCACCAAAUUCAAAACAAUCUCGGCAAAAAUGCCAUUUGAGGUAGCACUAUUGAAACUAGUUGUGCAAUGACUUGCUCUAAUUUUCUUUGUUCAAGAAAGAAAAAAAAUGAAAAAAGAAAAAAAAACAGUCGCCAGACUAUAAAUUUCCUAAAUAGACUCUUACAAAGUCACCGAGCUAGUUAGUGACUCUAAACAAAUGUCAUAAAAGCAUGAAUAUCAUCCUUUAUUUGACAAGAGAUGUAUGUAAGUUUGUUUAAAUCAAUAUAAUUUUAGUGACAUUUUUAUAAGCUUCCCACUUUCCAUGAACCUAUAUUUUUUAUUUAUCCAAAGUGAUUUCUCUUUGUCCAUUUCUCUCAGCCUUAUGCAAACAAUAUGCAAGAAAUGCUGAAACUUGGAUAAAACGGGUCAUGCAGAGGGAAAAUGAAAGCUGAGAUUGAUCAUUUUCACGCAAAAGGUUGUUAGUAGUUUCAAUAAAAGUACUACUACUAAACUGUAACAUAAGCAGACAAUAAAAGAGGGAUUUAAAAUAAAAUGGAUUCAUAAAACUAUUAAGAUUAUUUUUGUUAAAUACAGUGUUUUUAGUAAUUCGGAACACGAUUUCACAAUCAAUGUUGUUGGUUUUUUGGUUUCUUUUUUGGUUUUUUUUUCAGUUGCAAGUUUCUAGCUGAUGAUGUUUUGACUUUGUAGUUUUGCAUCGUGAUGUCCUAGAAAUCGUUCCCUCCCAGGGCAGCCCACGCCGGCCCCGCUCCUGAAUGCUCUGCGGCGCUCGGGGUGCUGAGGAGCGGCGGUGCAGGCAGGCUGGCCGCGCUCUCAGCAGCCCAAAGGCACGGCCGCAGAGCUGCUCAUCCCGCUGCGGGCUCCUCCUGGCCCACAGCCCGGGUCCCGCUGGGCAGCCAGAGCUGCGGGAGCAUCGGCGCAGCGCCGGAGAUGGCUGUGUGCCUGUGGUAGGUGCCGGUGGGACGAGGAGCCGCGUGUGUCGGAUGAGAAAAUCUUCUCCACCUCGUGGGCCCCUUGCUGGCGCUGUAGGGUAGCUCUAGGACACGCAGUGAUUGAGAAACCGGAGUCCUCGUUGGGUUUUGGUUUUGAUCCCUUGUACAUUUCACACGCGCGAAAACGGAAGAAGGUGAAAUUUAUGAGGAAAAUCUAAUUUCCCAUUCCUGUUGAAUGGAUUUAGUUUGAUAUUGACCUGAUUUUACCGCGUGCCUGUUGAAGGCCUUAGAGUAUAUACUGUAUGUUAAAGACUGUAAUAACUUUCAUAGUUGCUAGCCUAAUCCAAAUGUAAAUAUAGCUCCAACACAUUGUUACUGGGCUACAACGCAUUAACCCACGUCAUGUAUUUUCAUUUCUUUACCAUUAGUUCAUAAGGUUUUUCAUUAUUGCUUUUUUGAUACCUUUAGUAACGAAUGAAUUUAAUUUUGAAGGAGAGUUAGAGAAAGUUUAAAGCUUUUCAUACAUCUGUUCCACCCGUUUAGUUCUCUUCUAAACCAACACUGAAGCAUGGUAAGGUGUAGAACGCAGUCCAUAACUUGUCUGUAUAGUUUACAGUUUAAGAACAAAAUUAACUUUGUAUGUAACUCCUACAAUGAUAGAUUCAUUGUUAACUAAUUAUAUUAAGUUGUUGUUGCUAUGGCAACAAAACUACAACAUGGCUACCUUUGUAUACGUUAUUUGUGAGAUUUUCACAUGUAAAUUAAAAGUGAUGUGUAACAGUAUGAGCUUGUUAAAGGUACAGUUCGAUACUGUCAGAUAAAGAGAUGACUGAAUAUUUUUAAAAUCCCAAAGUCCCAUGUGAACGCUGAAUGGGUGUCUCUACGUCACUUUUUCAGUCGAGAAGUUUACAACACAUGGAUUUAGAGUCAGGUUUUAUAGCUUGUAGAAAAUUGUUGUGUGGCAAGGGUUAUUCCACAGUAUUUUAACUCCGACAGCACGACGGGCUGCGUGGGGACGUAGUGAUGGUCGUUCCUUCAUUUCACACUCACCGCCAUUGUGGGAAUUCCGAAUCCAUCCCUCUCAGUACUGUAGCUCUGCUUGCAGUUUUCUGUUGGGUUUUCUUUUUAUUUUUUUAUUUUUUUUAUUUUUAUUUUUUUCCUGAAAUUGAACACUCGUGUGAUUAUGUUACAAUCAGGGCUAAAUGAUGAAAACGUGUAACUAUUUUAAUACUAAUUUAUAUCAGCAAAAACUGUACAUAAGAAAAAAAAAAUAUUGUGGAAUGACCCCGUAACAGUGUUGAAGAUACCAAUAUGCUGCAGUUAAACUGAUUCAGUUAGUGUACGAAUGUGUGAGACACACCUUUUUUGCACUUAUGUACAUAGUCCACGAAAGAAAUCCUUGGAACUUAUUUUGAAUAUAAAAAAAAGUCUGUAAUAAUACAGGAAAAGUUUGUAAAAGAGAUAGGUAUUACUAAGGCUUUGAAAAGGAGGAGUUUUUUGCUAUAAAACUUAUCUGAAAGCAUGAUGUUGCUUUGCUGUUGUAAAAGCUUUGUAGUUUGCCAUAGCUUAUUAUACAGCAGACUGAUACCAGGUCAGCUCCAACCUGCAGCACGGAGAAAUGGGAAACAGUGCUUAACGAAUUAGUAAGGUCACUAGCAAAGAUUUUGUUUUGAAUCAGCCUGCAUUUUCAAACACACCCGAGGUCACGUUUGUGAUGCUCUGCAUUCUUGGUGAAUCCUAUUGGGACCGAUAUGUCGGCGGUGGCACACACCCAUUUUUCCCAGCGCCUCAUCCUGUUUCUGUCUGGAAGUGUUUCUCUGUUGUAGGUGACUGUCGUUGGAGUGCUUGAAAUCCCAGAGGGAGUUUGAACCGUUGCCGUUUGCUGGGUUUUGAGUGGUUUUGUGUUUUUCUCACCGUUUUGGGGCAAGCCAACAAAACGGAGCGGCUGAGAAGCAGUGGAGGGAUGGGAGUUGUUUCAGAUGGGCUUGGGAUGACUUUCCCCUCCGGUGCCACUGUUUUAGUGCUCUUCUGAGAGUGAGAGAGCCUGGCAGCAGUGCGUGGUGGAGCUGUGGGCUGGGUGCUGGGCAGGGAAGGCUGCUGUGCUGUCUGGCAGCACGGUGCCUCCGGCUGGGUGCAGCCCUGCUGCCUUGCCAUGCAAAGGGAGCACAGCCCUGUCCCCAGCCAGGGAGGACCUGUGCUUCAGGAGCUGCUGGCCACGUGCUCCCACACAGCCCCGGCUUCCCCUGCUUCUCCAGGGCUGCCAGGUUGCGCGGAGGUGGUGGGAAUCCUGGGCAAAGCCCUGUGCCCAUGCAGGACCAGGAGAUGCUCUCAUAUGCGAGCUAGUUGUCUCUUUGCUCCCUGCAUGUUGCUUUCCCAAAUGGAACGUUAGCUGUGACAGAGAAAACAGAAGAUGAAUGAUGUAAAAUAUCCGUUCUCUGCAGCAGAUUGCUGAUUCCCAGCAAUCUGGGUCCCCAGGCUCUUGAUUCCCUUCCCACUCCUGCUCUUGCUUGCACUGCGGUGCUCUGCAGCACUGAGCGAGGUGUGGAGAAGCUGGGAGGCCUGCAUUGAGCUGCUUAUUUUUUGAUCAGAACUAGUACUCUUUUUGCAAACUCACGCCUCAGAUUUGCUUUGGUAAGGCCCCCGUGUCCCUGUAUCCCUCCCCUGCCCAUCCCAGUGCUCUGGGCACUGCUGCUGGCCGCCCAGAGAUUGCUCCCUUCACGUUGUCCAUGAAUGUCCCCUGCCCAGCCCAUAAUUCACCACGUGAUUCACUGAAACGCACGCUUUGCUGAAUCAGAGCCUUAGCAUCAUGUGGUCCCAGUGUCUGUAAAGGGGAAAAAAAAUCAGAUGUUGUCUCUUUCCGUGUGCGUUACAAGAAUGUAGACUUUAAUAUGAAAUAAUCAGCUAAUUCUGGCCACUGUGCUCUUAAAGCUUCCCUUUACUGUAAUCAAUUUUUGUAAUCAAGCUCAUCAUUUCUAGGAUUACAAGAAAAAAAACUGUUUUGCACUAUGUGAAAUGAAUCCGAGACGGUAAACUUCUUUUGCUUGGGGAUACGAAAACGAUCACAACAACACUGCUAAAAUCUUUGCUAGUGAUCUCUACUGACAUCUCUGUAUCAAAAAUAACUCUGCCUCUCAGACGAGAUAAUUAAACAUGCAAAAAUAACACAACUGUUAAAUAACACAAAGUUCUUUUUCCAAACACACAACAGAGAGAAUUACCUGACACUGAAUUACAAGGUUCCAGUUCCUUAUUACUGUACACAGAUGCUAUUUGAUAGUGGUGGAAGCCAAAUGAUUUUGUUGCCAUGGCUUUUGUAUCCUAGCAGAUGAGGGGAUGAUAAGACCAUUCUUAGAUUGGGUUAUGGGAUUUAUUUGUUUUGUUUUGGUUUGUUUUUUUUUUU